AUGGCGGGCAACACCUCGACGGGAGCUGGUGAAUCUUCAGCCCAAGAUCGUAGUGGCAGCCAUGAUUCUGGUGUUUCAGCGCUAGGGGGAGCGCGAACAAACCAGGGCUCGCUGGUCAAGGAGGUGCUGAAGAAUUUCACCGUCGAGAAGCUCAAUGGUGAGGGCUAUGAUGAUUGGGCCUGGAAAAUGCAACUAUAUUUCCGUCAGAUUGGAUUGCUGAAACUAAUGAUUGGGGAGGAGCCUAGACCAAGUGACCCCGCGCUGCAGGAAGAUUGGGACGAGCGCUCCUCAGCUGGCUACUAUUUGAUGUCGCAGAGUUUGGAGCUGAACCAGCGUCACCACGUCAUGCACCUGCUGCCGGAGGUUGAGUGCGGUCCGAAGGCGUGGACCGUGUUGAAGGAGCUGCACGCCCCGACCUCCGUUGUUGCAACGUUGAUGCUAGAGAGGGAGCUGUCCGCGUUGCGCCUGAGCGAGGGAGAGCCGGUGCAACCUGUCGUGGACAAAUUGCGCAACCUCUACGCGAAGUUCGCGACCGCGGGAAUCACCUACCCAGAGCAGACCAAGUGCCUGAAGAUGCUCUCGCUGCUGCCGGAAUCGUGGCUUCAAUUCACGAGCGGAUUGAGCCUGCCGCAGAACCAGAGCUCAUGGACACUCGAGUGGGUGCGGACAAAGAUUCUGGAGGAGGACAUCCGUCGCUGCCAACUGAGGGGUGAAGACGACGGCAGCAGCGGCUAUGGGAUGCAAGGAAGCCGACGUGGCAGAGGACGUGGCUUCGGUGGUGCUGGACGCGGUGCAAAGAAGGACGACGACUCCAAUGACCAACAAGGAGGUACCGGUUGGGGUCGCAGUGCGAAAUCUGGACGUGGGGGCAAGUCGGGUGCUGGUGGCAAAAUGAAAGGGAGUUGCUGGUAUUGUGAGAAGGAGGGGCACCCCUGGUUUUUGUGCUAUAAAAAACCUGAUGGAUGGACCCCCCAGAAUUGUCACCAGGAUGGCGGCGCGCGGAGGAACCAGAAAAACGGCGCGAGCAUGGUCGCCGAUUCGUCCGACAACAACCCGAAGAGCAACGGCGGUGCGGAAAAGAAGAAGGAGCACACCGUGGGCCAGUUCUUCCAUAUUGGAGAACAGGGGGAGCAGGGGGAGCAAGAAGACGCCUUUGCCAAGGUUGGAGCAGAGCUGCACCCCCUGGAUUAUUGGGUGUUGGACACGGGCGCUGCUUGGACGAUGACGCCGCGCAAGGACCUGCUGGACCACGUACGCGCUGCACCGAUCAACGAGGUGUGCUCCGCCUCUGGACACGCGCUGAAGGUGGCUGGUGCGGGACGAGCUGCGUUUAAGGGAGCGGAUGGCAAGCCGGUGGUGCUGCACGACGUUCUUCUCGUUCCAGAACUCAAGGCCAACCUCAUCUCCCUCCGUAAGCUUGGCAAGGCUGGGCUGCCGGCGUUGGCGUGGCAUGGUGGGUGGCAGGCUGGAGAGGGGUCUGCAUCCCAGGGGGAGUGCAAUGCCGUUGGAGGGGUUGGUGUGAAAGUGUUGGCCAGAUCUGGGGAGACGGAUUGGGCAACGGCACACCGAUGCUUGGGGCAUGUGGCAAUGCCCUUGUUGAAGCAGUUGGAGAAAGAUGGAGCCGUUAAGGGUCUGAAGCUGAACGGACAGCCACCUGAUGAGAAUUGUGAAAUCUGGUUGCUCUCAAAGUUUACCCGUUUCCCCUUCCAUAGUGUGGCUGGCAGGAGCAAGAAGCCGUUGGAGCUGGUCCACAUGGACUUGGUGGGGCCACUGCCGGUUCAGGGACACAAGGGGGAGCGGUACUUUCUGACCAUAGUGGAUGAUUGGAGCAGGCUUAUGUGGGCAUAUCCGCUGAAGCAGAAGGACCAUGCCGCCCCUACGAUACGGGUACUCACAAAGGUUGGGGAUGACUCGUGGGUGCCGUUGGAGAGGUGGCUUGGAAGGAAGCCGCCGGUGGACAUGCUGAGGGUGUUCGGUUGCAUGGCAGUCGCCCACGUCCCCAAGACCUACCGCAGUAAGUUGGGGGCAAGUGCAAUCUGGUGUGUGCAUUUGGGGCUGGCUGCUGAGAGCAAGGGAUGGCUGUUGUGGAUACCUUCCAAGGGUGUGUUGUUUGAGAGCAAGGAUGUGAAGUUUGUUGAGGGCAUGAUGUAUGGGAGCUGGGAGAAACAGCCGGAGGCCAGGGUGUCCCAGCAGAUGGAGCAGAUCACCAUGCAGCUGGACAUGACUCCUAGUGUGUGGGAGGAGGGAGAGGAGGUAGCUGCAGAGGGUGGUGAUGGAGAGAAGGUGCAGGAGGCACCUGCUGGUGGAGGUGAUGGUGUGGAGACUAGCGGACGUACCCGUAUGGCUACUAAGAAGCUGACUGCAGGAGCUGAUGUAGCAGAGCAGCAGCUUGGGACAGAGGAGGCAUUGCUGAUUCUACCGCAUGGCUAUGAUCCGGAUGAGGAGGAUGAACCUGCCUACUGUUUUCUUGCCCCUGCACCAGAGGAACCAGCUAGCAUGGAGGAGGCAUUAGCUGGACCAGAUAGGGAGAAGUGGCUGGUUUCUAGGGAUGCUGAGUACCAGAGCCUGCUAGAGAAUGGGACAUGGGAGCUGGUGGUGCUACCUGAGGGGAAGAAAGCUGUACAGUGCAAGUGGGUGCUAAGGAUCAAGACCGAUGACAAGGGACAGGUCACCAUCUACAAGAGUAGGCUGGUGGCUAAGGGGUUUAUGCAGAAGGAGAAGCGGGACUUCAAUGAGAUCUUUGCUCCCACUGCCAAACCCCCUACCCUCCGUGUCUUGUUGGCAGAUGCAACCGUUAGUGGGAAAUUCAUCAUUAAGAUGGAUAUAUCUACGGCAUUCCUCAAUGGGAUUUUAGAAGAGGAUGUGUACAUGACGCAGCCGCCUGGGUAUGAGGAUGGUACGGGCAGGGUGUACAAGCUGAAAAAGUCCAUCUACGGCUUGAAGCAGGCGCCACGCUGCUGGUACCAGAAGUUGGCAGCUAUUUUAGAGGAGAUGGGAUUCAGGACCAGCAGCUGUGAUGAGAGCCUCUUUCUCAAGGGGGAGGGGGAGAAGCUGGUGCUGUUUCUGGUCUAUGUGGACGAUAUUAUUCUCUUUAGUAGCAGCAUGAAGGAGAUCCAGAAGGUGCAGCAGCACCUGAUGGAGAACUUCAAGUGCAAGAACCUUGGGGAGGUAAAGUACUAUCUCGAGAUGCAUGUGGAGAGGGAUCAGGAUCACAGGUGGUUGAAGCUGCACCAGGAGAAGUUCAUCAAGGAGCUGGGAGAGAAGUACGGAAUUGAGAAUGAACACAAAGUUGCAACUCCCCUGCCAGCACAAUUCAAGCUUGUGAAAGCUGCAGAGGAUGAAGGGGUUGAAGCCGAGGAGCAGCAGCAAUUUCAGUCCUUGGUGGGCAGCCUCUUGUAUGCACCAGUUCACACAAGGCCCGACAUCUCUUUCUCGGUUGGGCAGCUGGCUAGGGUGGUGCAGAAUCCAUCAGAGGAGCAGGUGGAUGAAGCUGAGCGUGUGGUGAAGUAUCUGAACUCUCACCCAAGCAUUGGAGUUCAAUACUCCGCAUCUGCACAGGUGAAGCAGAAAGGGGUUGAGGUGCUGAAAGAGAAGGGGGAGAGGCUUGGAGAAGGCAAGCUCUUUCUCACUUGCUUUACCGAUGCUACGUGGGCCUCUGAGAAGAAGGAUUCCUCAUCUGUGGGAGGAUACAUCUGCGUAGUUGGAGGAGGACCUGUUAGUUGGAGGUCAAAGAAGCAGACGGAGACAGCACUCUCUUCUGUGGAAUCAGAGUACAUGGCGAUGUUCCAUGGGGUGAAGGAGGUGAUUUGGCUGAGGAGGCGGUUAGAGGAGAUUGGCCAGGAGCAAAAGGUUGCUGCGCCGCUGUUUUGUGAUAGCAAGGGAGCUCUUGGGAUGGCCAGGAACGCUGUGCUUCAUGGGCUGAACAAGCACAUGCGUAUCAAGUGGCACUGGUUGCGUAAGGAGGUGAAGAGGGGGACGGUGAAUCCGAUCUACAUCAAGACUCACCAACAGCCAGCAGACUUCCUCACCAAGAGGCUUGCGGAUGAGCCUCAUUGGCGUUGUGUGCGGAUGAGUGGAAUGAGCAUGAACUAG